AUCCGCCCUCUUGCUUGAAUCGAGCGAGAGGGAGGGAAGAAAAGAGCAGGACCAGAUAAAAACCCGCUGUCCUUAAAAAAGACAAUUUUUAGACAAGGAGAAAAAAAAGCUCGAAAGAUCUCUGAAACCCUAGAAAAAGUUUACCGAAAAAAGAGACCCUAAUUAAUUCGUCCCCUUCUCUGGUUCAACCUCGCAAAUCUCCGCUCUACGAAUCCGACGAUUCUUGAUCGCCGCCGGCAUGAACAGUUUAGGAGGCGGGUAAGAUGAGGAUGGAUGAAAUUUUGCAAUUGAGGAGGCAGUCUCACGGUCUCGAUCGAGGCAAUGGCUACCUUUCCUCUUCUGGUGAAGGAUCAUCUGCAUGGAUAGGGAAGGGCCUCUCUUGUGUAUGUGCUCAGAGAAGAGAAACCGAUGUGCGCCUAUCAUUUGAGUUGACCCCUUUUGAGGAGAAAUGUCUACAGAGGCUCCAAGAUCGUAUUCAUGUUACUUACGACAGUAAAAAGAUUGAACACCAGGAAGCCUUAACAGCUCUCUGGCAUGCAGCUUUUCCUGGAGUUCAAUUCAAGGGUUUGGUAUCUGAACAGUGGAAGGAAAUGGGAUGGCAAGGGAAAGACCCGUCUACAGAUUUUAGGGGCGGGGGUUUUAUAUCAGUGGAGAACUUAUUGUUCUUUGCAAAGACCUAUACAAAAACCUUUCGACAACUUCACCGAAAGCUAGAGGGCAACCGAUCUGAUUGGGAAUACCCAUUUGCUGUGGCUGGUGUGAAUAUAACGUUCAUGCUAAUCCAGAUGCUUGAUCUUCAAAUUGUCAAACCAAGGACAAUGAUGGGGGCAGUUUUCUUAAGGCUACUUUCAGAAAAUGAACGAGCCUUUGAUGUUCUAUACUGCAUAACUUUCAAGCUGAUGGAUCAUCUAUGGCUAGAUAUGCGUGCAUCAUACAUGGAGUUCAAUGUAUGCAUUUACUCACUUAAGAUAGAAAGAUGCAAACUUUGCUGUUGCAUUAAUUUUCUUAACUCUUCUUUUUCGUCAGAUUGA